AAAUCAAGAUGGCUCGCAUAGCGCAAUGUUCGCGCGCAUCGUGGAGGGGGAAUCUGUGGACAUGAAACGUAAAGGCAUCGUUGAUGGUGGCAGGCAGAGUGGCGGAUGGUGGUCGAGUCUGGUUGUCAGGGUGCCCUCGUCCUGCUGCUCACGGUGUGUUGCAAAUGUGGUUAUUGUAGGACGUUUUUGAUGCCAAUUUUAGCUUCAGAAUCAUCUUAAUAUCACGUUUAAUCUACUAAAGAUGUCUUCUACUGACGUUCAGAGACCGGUAAAAGUGCACGAUCCAUGUGUAAAACCAGUGUCACAGGAUUCUGAAAAACAUGCGAGGAGAGCUACAAUUAAUUCUGGAAUACCUGCUUCAAAGAAAAAUAAACAUGAUGAUGGGCGUUUUAAAUUUGGAAGGAAACGAGCUCAAAGUUUUACAGCAGGCAAUGGAAAAUUCUUUAUACCAUAUAAAAAGCGAAAACGUGAAAGUAUAGUUCCACCAACCAAAUUUUUAUUGGGUGGUAACAUUUUUGAUCCAUUGAAUCUCAACAGUCUGCAAGAUGAGGAGGUCAACAGGGCAAUGAAUGCAGUAACUCCAAAAUCAUCUCCUCUUCCAACACCAAAGCAUAGAAGAGGAGAAGUGGAAGUCAUAAUUCCUCCAAAUAUUAAUGAUCCUUUAAAUUUGAUUGAUUGUGAUGAUGAUGCUAAAUAUGAAGAACAGCUUGUAUCACCUACAAAGAAAAAAAGUAAAAAGAAAAAGAAGAAGAGGAAUUCUGCUUCUUCAUCCAAAGAUGACAGCUUAGAAGUGGCAGUAACUAGUAACAACACUGAUCAAACUGUUUCAUCCACUAAACCCGAAGAAAAUGAAUCAGAAGUUCCAACAAGUACAAAUGUGGAAGUCACCUCCUUGGAAACACAAGAUCAGUCUGCCCCAAAAGGCAAAGAAGUAAGAGAUCUUCGUAAAGAAUUAGAUUUGCCUUUGAAAGAUGAUGAAAAGAAGCUUCGCAAGUCACUGGAUGAAAAGGACGCCAAUAAGCAUGAAAAGAAAAAUAGGAAGUUUGACUUGAAAGAUAAAAUUGUUAGUCCUGUUAUUCCACAGCCUGGGGCAUGGAAAAGGCAGCCACAUGGUCAUCGAGGUGGAGGUAACAUGGGACAUGGUGCAGGUGAUGGCAGAUUCAACAGGUUUAGACCAGGAGGACGACACCGUCCUAAAAUUCCUGGUCUUAACAUAGCACAAACUCCGAAGUUCCAAGAGAAAAAUGUAAAAUUCCAAUACGGCAACUACAAUAGGUAUUAUGGUUAUAGGAAUCCUGCUCAUGAAUUAGAUCCAAGACUCAAAUACUUUUUACAGAGGAGAGAAAUAUUUUAUGAUAAAGAUGUUUUGGAUAUUGGAUGCAAUAUUGGACAUGUGACACUAACAAUUGCUCGAGACUUUGGAGCCAAGAGUGUCGUGGGGUUGGAUAUUGAUCGUUCAUUGGUGGAUAUCGCUCGUGUAAAUGUUAGGCACUAUGUUAACUAUGCUGAUUCUCCAUCGAAUGAGGGUGCUUCUGCAAAAUUCUUUCCCAUUUCAAUGCCUAUUUUGUAUGGUCCAGUCGAUAUACCUGGCAUCACAAAAUCAGAUAGUCCAUCAGGGCACAAGAAAUUUCCUCAUAAUGUGUCAUUUGUGCAGGGUAAUUAUGUUUUGGAAUCUGAUGUAUUAUUGCAAACAGAGCAACCUCAGUUUGAUGUCAUACUUGCUUUAAGCAUAACAAAGUGGAUCCACUUAAAUUGGGGAGAUGCAGGUCUAAAACGAGCCUUUAAACGCAUGUUUAUUCAAUUGAGACCUGGCGGUAAAUUGAUUCUUGAGGCACAAGCGUGGGAUUCUUACAAGAAAAAGAAGAAACUUACUGAAACGAUUUUUAAGAAUUACAACAGCAUUGAGUUCUUGCCAGAUAAAUUCACACAAUAUCUAUUAUCAUCUGAAGUUGGAUUCAGCAAGUGUGAAGUGAUCGGAUUGCCGUUUCAUCAGUCUCGGGGAUUUCAGAGGCCGAUUCAACUUUUUACAAAAGGUGAAUCUCCUUCGCACUCUAUCAUGAGCACCAACAAUACACCUUGUUACACAUCUGCUACUAAUGUGACACGAGUUCCUGUGUACACUAGUGUAGUGGGCUCAAGCAGGGAAACAGAUUCGGGCAGUGCUACACCUGCUCCAGUGGACACUGGCAAUGCAUCCUCUGCUGCUUUGGUGGGUUCAUCACUGAACCAGCAGAUCCCUGUGUACAUCGCAAUGGAAAUUCCAGAGCAAACUGGCAGUUCGGAAGAGUCCGGAAGUAAGACUUCUGAUGAAAAUGCAAGUAAGGAAGUCACCAAAAUGGAUAACGUUCCAAUGAAAGAAGUUUCAGCGAAUGAUAGAGGGAGGUCCGCUGAGUUAUCUAGGGAAGAGGUGGCUGAAGAAGCAAAAUGUGCAGUGAAGGAAGAGAGGCCCAUAAAAGAAAGUGAAACCCCUGAUUCCACAUCGAAGAUGGAAUGUGAGGAUAUUGAAGGAGAUAGUUUGUUGUUAAAGGAGGAAAAUGAUCAAAAAAUUGUUGUAGAAAGUGAAAUAAAGGAAGAAAUUACAAAGAGCCACGAAAAAAGUAUUGAAAACACCUGUAAAGAGAUCAAUACACCAGUAGAGAGUGAUAUUCUGAAUGAAGGUUCUUUAGACAGUAAAAUAAACGGUGAGAAAAUACAAAAGGAAGCAGAAAAUGAACUUUCACAACUAGACUCUGUCGACAAAACAAAUGACACGGCCAGUUAAUCUGCUUUAUAUCAAAAUCUGGAGUAACUGGAAUACGUAAAAUGUUGUGAAGAUAAGAAUUAUGUUAAGUUGCACUUUGUGCGAUAACAUGUAUUUUUAAUUUUAAGACUGAGAAUGAUUUUUUGUUUAUAAACAGAUGUUUUCAGUGCAUUGUACAAGUAUGUAAGAUAAAGCAUUAAAUGUUUUAAUGCACAUUGUAACAUUGGAGAUGAUUCGUUGUAUGAUAAUGUAUUACAGUAAAGCUGUAGUAAAUGUUCCCACUCUUCUAGGAAGGGUUUUAAAUCACGAAGUAGAAAGCACAAAUUAAUGUUCUUUUUGCCUUAUUUUAAAGCUUAUCUACCACUUCUGAAAUGUAUAUUAUAUUGCACAGUGUUGAUAGAAAAUAUACUCUAUUGCUAUUUCUUUGAGAAAUGUAACAUUUUUCUUGUUCCUUCCGUUGUUAUUAAUAUUUCAACUGUCCCUAUCCACUUGCUUCGUACAUUCAGGUACUGAACUUUUUCCUGCAUUUUGUAGAAAGGGGUCAAUAUUUUAAAGCAUUCCAUGAUGUAUAGCAUUAUUCUAUAAGGGAAUUAAUUCCAUGUUGAAUGGAAUUGGAUUUCCAAUGUGGCAAAUUAAUGAAUAGCUAAUGGCCGCUCUUGCAAUUUUUUAUUAGAAAAAAUAAUUUAUUUUGCUUGAUGUAUUUCUUGUUACAUAUUAUGUUAUUGUUGAUAUAUUGUAAAACCAACUACCCAAUGCAAUCUAUGAAACAUGGGUAUGUUUUCAGUAAUUGUUUGUAUAAUGUUGUAUUGAUAAAGACGUCGUGUUAUCACAAACUAUAAUUUUUUAUUGAAGUCAUAUCGCAUUCCUUUUAAUACCAGUUGAAGUUGAACUUGAAAGUUAGCAGUGUCCUUAUUAUAUUUUGAGAGUAUUUGAGGUUCAGAAUAUAAUGCUGUAAUUUUUUUUUAGUCAUUUUAAUUGAUUCUUAUGUAUCAGUAAUGAUUUCACUGAAAGUUGCAAUCAAACUAAUUUUCCUUUUGAAGGUAUAUAAAUAUCAGAAAUUUAGAAGAAAUUUUGUUUUCAUUAUAUUUUUAAUUUCAAAUUUUAAAAAUACUUUGUUAUAUUGUUAUUUGAAGUCCUUUGGUACCUUUGUUUUAUGACAAGGUAAUGAAACAAUUCAUUGGGUCUAUUAUUUUAAUAAAAUUAAUGUGUUGUGAAUGUAAUGUAAAUAAAUAAAUUAUGGUUACUGGUAGUAUGAACUACAUGAUUACUUCAUCCAUGAUAAAAUUAGAAGUGGUUAGGAACAUGGCUGAAGAAAAAAAAACUUGAUGGAAAAUUGUUCUGUUUUGUCCACAAUCUUUAGUGACCUACAUGUUAUUAAGAAGUUAUACUUUUUUUUCUCAUUUGGAAUAAAGUGAAAAAUAUUGUGAGUCAUCACAUUAUG